CUCUGCCGCUUCCCCACCCUUCCUAACACGUUGCGAUCGGAUGCCUAGCUCUGGGUCCAAAAGUAAGAAUUUGGAACUUGCUAUGAUGACCUCUGCCAGAUGGUUAACUCUCAGCUAGUACUGUUAUCUUGAGAGUUGUAACUGUUUGUGAAAGCUGUCGAAAAGUUGAGACUACACCUGGCCAUUGAAUUGGGAUUGGCUUGCCUGGAAGGACAAUUGUGCUGGAUCUGGAGGCACUAUGGAGUUUGCUGAGCUUAUCAAGACACCUCGGGCUGACAAUGUAGUUCUUCACCGCCCUUUCUAUCCAGCAGUGGAGGGAACCCUGUGCUUAACGGGACACCACCUCAUCUUCUCCUCGCGACGGCAGGAUAAUGUUGAGGAGCUUUGGCUUUUGCAUUCCAACAUUGAUUCAAUUGAAAAACGUUUUAUCGGCUUCUUGGGCACCAUCAUUAUCAAAUGCAAAGACCUGCGAAUUAUCCAGCUUGACAUUUCUGGCAUGGAGGAAUCUUUGAACAUUGCUAGUUCUAUUGAGGCACUGUCUACCUUGGAUUCCAUUACACUCAUGUAUCCUUUCUUUUAUCGACCCAUGUUUGAAGUAAUUGAAGAUGGCUGGCAUUCAUUCUUGCCUGAAAGUGAAUUUGAACUUCUCAAUUCAAUAACAAAUGAAUGGCGGUUGAGUUACAUCAACAAAGAUUUCUCAGUCUGCCCUUCUUACCCACCUGUUGUCACUGUCCCUAAAUCAAUUGAUGAUGAAUCUUUAUGGAAGGUUGCCACUUUUCGCCAUGGUGGACGCUUCCCAGUACUCAGCUAUUAUCACAAGAAAAAUGGGAUGGUGAUAAUGCGCAGUAGCCAACCACUUACAGGUACUAAUGGGAAGCGUUGUAAAGAGGAUGAGAAGCUGAUCAAUGCCACCCUGAGGGCAGGCAAGCGUGGAUAUAUCAUUGACACACGAUCUCUGAAUGUCGCUCAGCAAGCCCGGGCCAAAGGUGGAGGCUUUGAACAGGAGGUUCAUUAUCCUCAGUGGAGAAGAAUUCACAAAUCCAUUGAGCGAUACAAUAUUCUGCAAGAGAGUCUUAUCAAGCUUGUGGAGGCCUGUAAUGACCAGUCUCAUAAUAUGGAUCGCUGGCUAAGUAAGUUAGAGGCUUCAAACUGGCUGACCCACAUCAAGGAAAUCCUGACCACAGCUUGCUUGGCUGCCCAGUGCAUUGAUAGGGAAGGAGCAUCUGUCUUGAUUCAUGGAACAGAAGGCACUGAUUCAACACUACAGGUGACUUCUCUGGCUCAAAUCAUUCUGGAUCCGAGAUGCAGGACCAUUCGUGGCUUUGAAGCUCUGAUUGAGAGAGAAUGGCGUCAGGCUGGCCACCCAUUUCAACAGCGCUGUGCCCAAUCAGCUUAUUCAAAUAGCAAGCAGAAAUGGGAGGCUCCUGUAUUCCUCCUUUUCUUGGAUUGCGUCUGGCAGAUCCUUCGCCAGUUCCCUUGCUCCUUUGAGUUCAACUAUCAUUUUCUCAUCAUGCUCUUUGAACAUUCUUACGCCUCUCAGUUUGGAACCUUCCUGGGUAACAAUGAAAAUGAAAGGUCUAAGCUUAAGUUGUCUCAGAAGACAAUGUCCUUGUGGUCCUGGGUGAAUCGGCCAGAAGAGCUCAAUCGAUUUAAGAACCCUCUCUUUGAAGCCAACAGUCUAGUCAUCUGGCCUUCCGUUGCACCACAAAGUCUCCAGCUGUGGGAAGGAGUUUUUCUUCGCUGGAACAGAUCCUCCAGAUUUGUGGAUGAAUCUUAUGAAGAAAUGAUCAACAUCAUAAAAUAUAACAAGGAACUCCAAGUGAAAGUCAACAUGCUGAGACGGCAGCUAGCGGAGCUGGAGAUAGAUGACAACACACAGGAUGAUGGGAUACCAGAGAGCCCCUGAAAUCUGGCAGAAUAUAGGGCCAGAUUGUUCCUUCUUGAUUAAGCGAGUCACUUCUACACACUAAGCACUAAACAAAUAAGACUUGCAUGCGCUCAAGCUCCUUUUUGGUGCAAUCAGGUUGAACUUUUCUCUUUUUUUUGCUUCAGAGUUCCUCACUUGGCACUAUUGUCAUCCACCUCCAUUUAGGAAUGUGGUGCUUGUUUUUGUUUACAUGAUGAAACUUGUAAUUUAGCUGGUUGUUGUCCCUCCUUGUCCCCUCCAGAGAGGUGUUUCAUCUUUAAUAAAUUGUGUGUUCGGUUACAGUGUCACUCAGGUUUUUAACCACUACUAAACAUCAGUGAGACUUACAAUAGGGGUGCUUUUAGCUUUG